AUGGCGGUAGCUACUGAGGCAGCGUUGCUGGAUAUGUCUAUCAAAACCGUCCUCCUUGAGAAGGAAUACGAAAAGUCUCUUGCGGACUCUUUACGUCUUCUAGAUGCUGAAAAAGAUCGCGUUCGGCGCAUGGAACAGCUACUACUUCAAUUCGAGAGUGAAACGCUGCGGUCACGGCUCGAUCGAGCUCAUGAGCAACUACUUGUAUCUACCCAGGCGGAAUCCGAGGCGCGCCUUCAACUGGACGAAGCUUACCAGGAAAUCGAUCGCCUGGACAUUCGCGUGCAAAGCUCAUCAAAUGAAGUCGAGAGGCUGAAGGGCGAACUCUCCACCUUGAAUGAUACUUCGACCGGCUACAGUACCCUCCUUACCGAAAAGCUCCAUCUGUCCCGAGACAUUUCUCAUCUCGAGUCCGAGAUCAAACGGCUCAAAUCGCAGAAUACCUUCAAUCAAGCGCUAGUUGCGGAGAAGCACGAGAUGGAGCGGCAAUUGAAGUCUUUGCAGGUUCACCUCCAAGAUGAGAAAAAUGCUCACGAACGUACACGAGCGAAAAGCGCUCAGCAGGCAGCUGAGAUUGAUAGGCUUUCGGCUCGAAUCGAUGAUCUGCAGAGCGAACUCACCAAAGAAUUGCGUCAAAAGCAACAGCAAAAUGCAGGAUCGGAAAGCCAGCGGUCAGUGCUUGAGAAGAAGGUUGAGACGCUGAAGAAGCAGCUACGAUCAGCCAAGGAUAAGCUACAAGAAACUCAGCAGGAAUUGCAGCAAAGAAGAAUAGAUGGCACGAACAACGAGGGCGCUGGAACCGAGCCGAGAUCACGGGUUGUUCCUCUCCAGCGUUCUGGCCCAACUACGGAACACCAUAGUGGCGUGACAAUUGCGACGCCCGGGGCCGUCCGAGUGAAGGAAAAGAGCCAAAAGCAAUCUGCAUUGCCCGGCGACAAGUCGGCGUUUUCCAUUACGCCCUUUUUGAGCCGGACCGGUGGCCCGAAAGAUUCAUCGAGUAGCUCGGAAGCAGAAGAAGAUCCAAUGGACGUUACUUUGGACGAAUCGAAUGCUUCAUUCCGCAAAGCCCAGGCUAUCAGAGAGCUAAAUGGCAUUGACGCUGUUCUGAAUGACAGACCUGGCCCCACACAGGUCCUUUCUCCCAAAGCUAGAGCAGGAAAAACCAAGAUCAAGGCGCGCGACGGAAAGCCUGUCGCUACGAGACCGACGAUUGAAUCUAAGAAACCUGGUACAGAACAUGCUGAUAUGUCCGAUGACGCCAUUGAGCCAUUCAUCGGACAGGGACAGGCGAAGCCAAAGAAGCGCAAGCUCGGGGCUCAGCGAGAUCGAAACCUGUUUGAGGAGGAGGAGGAGGAAGAGGAUAUGCUGGAGAGCAGAAAGCCGGGACGCAAGGUCGGCUUAGGAGCAGGCCGAACUUCAGUGCUCGCGACCGCCGUCUCCAGUACCGCAGCUGGUGACCGUGGAUCCCGCGCUCUUGGCUUUGGAGGAUUCUCACCCCUUAAGCGCGAUCGCAAACGACUAUAA